AUGGCAAAUCUCAGAUUCUUCGAACAAAAUCUUCCCGAUCUCUACCGGCAUCGGCUGGAACAAGAGCGUGAAGACGCUGCCGACAUGAUAAUUAAAGGCUUUCAGUCCUUUAUAUCCUCAUCCAACGAACAAGAACUUAUCAGUUUAUGGAUCCCUUCAGCCCAUCGAUUUUUAGACAUCCACAAAUUCAGCCCUGACGAGCAAGUCUCCAUUAUCCAGACAGUUUUCAGCAUAAUCAGCUUAUCAUCCUUAUCAAUAGACGCCCUUUCUAGCACCAUUUCUCUAUUCAAUCGUCUCCUCAAGCUUCGGCAGUCCAUCAAAACUGAGCUGGAAUGAAAAGUCCUGUACAAUCUCUACAACUGGCUGGUCUCUUCUCAAGAGUCUAAGUUUUUGUUCUACGGAUUUGGCCAAAUUUCUUAUUUAUUAGGAGAAUUAGCAACUUCUAUGAAAAAAGCUAGGAAAUUUUACUCAGAAGGUGCGACAAGAGAAAUCAUUGAUACUUUUAGGAGGAAAAUUUGCCCAGGAGGCGAUAUCAGUGAAGCUGUAACAUUGAUGACGACGCUCAUACCUAAUAAGGGAGAGGUUGACUCAUGGCUCAUUGAUAUUCUCCUUGAAGCAGUAGAUUAUGAUCAUAGGAACUUAUCAGUGAUCCUUAAAGUUAUUUCAUUUUUAGCUGAUACUGCUAAAGCAAGCCCUGAUUUUAACUGGGAGCCUUAUAUGCCUAAAUUACUAGAUUUGUCAUUAAGAGCUAUUCCACUAUUACCAAACCCAGCACCAAGACCGAAAACCUAUAUGGACGAAAACAAAAAGAUGGUUGGCUUUAUGGGGAGUUUUAUGAAAAAAACAGCUGGGAUAGUGAAGUUUUUGAUUUUUACCUUAAAAGAGCAAGGGAAUUCUCUGAAGUAUUUCCAGCAAUGGAUACAAAAUAUUAGAGGACACCUUAAAGAAGAAAAAAUGACUACCCAUGCCUUUGUGGAGCAUUUAAAUAAAUGUGGGCAUUAUAUGAGCAGAAGGAUAAGAAGGGCGAAUAAAAAUAAAACAGCAGGAGUUUCGAGCAGCUUGAUCAAUAAGUUCUUAGACAUUUUGCUUCCUUGUGUAGAAGUUGUGUUCCAUACCAAGCAUUUGGGGACACUUGACAAGCUGUUUAACAGUUUAAGCUUUAUAGCUCCAGAACGGUUUAUUUCUUUUUGUAUAGCCAAUUACCCUUUAUGGAUAGGCUUAGAAGAAAAAAAUUUUAUAUAGAGCUCAUUAGUCUAAGUUGGCAAGCCAAAAAAUAGAAGGCAGCUUUGCAGAACUUGCGAUCAGUGCCAAAUUAUACUGAAAGCUAACAGACCUCGCCAGAAAAAUUCUCCCCAUCCAUAAUGGUGGGUGUACUAUACCCAGUAUUGUUCAUAUAUUUUAGAAGACUACAACGUUUCUCAUGCAAAAGCUAUAGAAGUGAUGAGACAAACUCUAAGGGCGACCUUGGAUUCUAAAGUAUAUAACCACGAUAUUACUGAGCUUGCUUUACUUAUAGAAAAAGGCCUUCAAGAAUUAACAUCCAGCGAUAUUGAUAAAGCUUGCAAAGUCUUAGACUAUUAUGCAGUCCUUGGCUCUACAAUUGCCCUUGAUGACUCUGCAGGUGACGGAAUUAGAGAAUGGGGACAAGGCUUCAUGGAAAGACUCUUAGACACCCUCAGCAAGCUUGAAGAAAAAUCUGAAGAAAAAGAAGAAAAACCAGAAAAACCUAUGUUCAGCCUAUUUGAAAGACAGUCAUUUAAUAUUGAAAAAUCAUUGAAAAAUUGUAUGAGAGCUUUGUCGUCCAGUGUAGGGAUUGAUAUUUUUUAUUUCUGGGUCAAUGAUUUUCUAGAAUAUAUAAAAUUCAAUGCUUGUAACAACGCCCAGCACGAAUUCGGGAUAAUUGCUGCUGAAAUGACAAGAAGGCAUCCCCAAAGAGUCCUAGGAAACUUAUUAGAACUAGUGAAAAAUAGGACAGUAAAAAAUGGGGAAAUCUCGUCCAGAAGCCCAAAAGAAAUUUCUUGGCUUGUAGGGAUCUUGGUGAGUUCUAUGAGAUUUGGAGGGGAUUAUUUGGUAAAUGUCAGAGGACAGAUAGAAGAGCUGGUUAGCGUUUUUAUAAAAAAUGAAAGUGAAAAGAUAUAUGAAUUGGCUGGAGAUCUGAUAGGAAGCUAUAUAGAAGGGCUUGUCACGAUUUAUCCGACUUCUUAUCAUCCUUUUUUGCCGAGCUUUGUAGAUGGUCAUAUGGAUUAUAACCAAUAUAGAGGAAGUGUUGGGCAGCAGACUGAAGGGACUGAUAUGGAAAUUUCUUGGUAUAAGCCAUCUGAUGCUGCUCUUAUAAUUGCUAAAGAAUUAGCUGUAGCUCAUUUAUUCUCAAUAAAUACUGAAGCUUCUAAGGAUGAGCUUAAAAAGAAACUCGCAAUUGCCUCAAGUAUUCUACCGGCACUUUCUACGUUAGAACUCAUAUCUACCACAAGUCCAGGCUCCUUCAGAGUAUCAACAGGCCUUGAAAACCUCAAUAUCCCUGCAGAACUUCUUGACUCCCACAAAUUUUUUUCGGAGACAUUAAAAUCCCUUUCUUCUUCCCUUUUAAUACUGCUAAAAGAUGACGAGUUGAGUAUAGGUUAAGGGUGCCUGGCAAGUUAAUCCCAGCCCAGGUAAUUGGGCCAUACUUUUUAGAGGUUUGGAGUGGAUUUUGCCUAUUCGGACUUCGUGACAGGAUUUUUCCUUGUCCCAAGAUGAAAGAAUGAAAGAGUAAAGUUAGCCAAUAACUGGGAAGCAAUCAUAUGUCUGUAAGGGCAAAGUAGUCUAUAAGAAGAUAUUGGGCUUUCUUUGCGCUCUGGAUACAACCAGAGUUAAGGGAGUGCUAACCCAACAAGUUUUUCGAGAGGCUGCUGACGCACCAAUUGUUGGAAGUUGACAGAAAAAGGGCUCAGUGCAGUGCUACACUUGUGAUAGGGCCAAUCGAGCCUGAAGACCAAUGAUACAACGGAGAGGGGCUGAAAUAAUCUCAAGAGACCCUCUAUAAUUAAUUUAAUCUACUCUUCCCACUUAAUCCUAAAUGACUCAAAUUUAGCUGAAACCAUCAUAAAGCUGAUUACCUCAACCUUAAAAAACAACGACCUCUGUAUCGCUGAAAUCAAGCAAGAAGAAGCCAAACUUCGCAUGUUGAGAAACCGAAUAGGGAAUCCCCUAGUCCCAUUUUUUGAAAAAAACCAUAGCGAAACCCGCCUUUACCAGAUUGAAAAAGCAUAUAUCCAUCAUAAUAUGAGAAUUGCCACUAGGCUCUCACAGAAAAGAUGUAUAGAGCACUAUCAAGAUUUACUAGACAUCAUCAUUAAUUUAUCCCUGCAUCAGCUGAAAUCAGUGCGAGGGACUGCUAAAUCCAGCUUAAAAAAGGUCAUAAGCAACAACUUUUUGUAUGGCCAAGAAGUAAUUGCAUAUGUUUGGCAAAAAAUCGAGGAAAAAAUAGGCGAAAUCUUUGUGACUAGGAAUGAGGAGGAUGUAAAAGCAGUUUUGGAGAUUAUCAGUGAUAAAGGGGAGAUGUGGAAAAGAGGGGUUGUGACAAAGAUGUAUUUGGCACCCAAUAUUUUGACGCAGGCAAGCAGUAUUGAGAACGCAGAAAUCCAAAUUCCACUGUUUGCGAUAUUUUCGAAUUAUGUGAUGACUGCUUAUCCAAAUGUAAAAAUUACGUCUCAAGGAGGAAUUCAGUUAUUGGAAGACCAUAAAAUAAAAGGCAGAGAAAUCAUUGAAAAAAUGUGUAGAGAAAUAUACGGCUAUAACUGGAGGUAUAAGCUAUAUGCUAUGGUCUAUAUCAUUUUAAAUAUCGCAUCAGUUGCUGAUAUAGAGUUUUUAAAUGCAGUCAGUGACGCUUUAACUCCAUUAAUUCUUGACGAGCAUGCUGAUAUCAGAGAUACUGCGGUCCAUCUGUUUAAUUUUAUUCUGAGGCUAAAGGUUUACCACACUAUUCCAAAACCUUCAGUUUCUGCUCUUCCCAUGACUGAGUUUUCUGAAGAUGCCCGCUACCUUGACCUAUCUAAUAUUUCUACAGUAAACCUAGGAAAAUUGCAUCAGGGAUGGUCAAUUCUGCCAGAUUUCAUUAAAAAUUACCCAGAAAUCGCUUAUACCGAUUCUCACGAUUCUUUGUACGCUUUACUAAAUUCUGAAGAAAAAGUUGAAAAAUUGCUGCAAUUCUUAGUUGUAAAGCACCAAAUUGAGACUGAGGAAACCCAAAUCAGCAACCCUGCCGCACACUCCACAAACCAUGCUCUUGAAUUCUUAAAUAACCCUGCAAAACUUGUCAAUUUUAUCCUCGAACACCCUAUUAAGCGAAAAUCCUCUAGAGGCGCCUAUUUUUCAGUAUCCAAAGCAAACUUUUUUAAAGGAAUUGGCAGAAUUUAUGGUCCAUCAGGGGUAAGAAUUUUGAUAUCAAAAGCCAGGUCUUUGAUUUCUCAAGAAAAAGAAUCACAAAUUGUGUUAUCAGAAGUCCUUGCAGGUGUAUUUCGGUCAAUGAAAUAUUGGGAUUCCCAAAGUAAAGAAACUUUUUAUGGCUUUUUUGAAGAAGCUAUCAAAAAUUGCUCAUUAGAGUCCAGUGGAAGCUGGCAAAGAAGCAUUGAGUAUAUGUGCAAAAAACAGUCCCCACAUAAAAUUUUACCAAUUUAUAGGAUUUUGUAUAGCAAUUUGUCAGUUUCUGCUUCAACCAAAUUGAGAAAAAUCCUGAAGUUGCUGUCUAGAUUUGUUGGGUAUUUAGGAUGGAAAGGGAUUGAAAUAUAUCCAGAGCUUGUAAUGUCCUUAGGCAAUUUGCCAUCUGAUUAUUUCGCGUCGUUAAGAGUCACUUCUAGUAUUUUGCUAGGGAAAAUCAUUUCUGCUACUGGGAGAUUUAUGAAAAAUAAUGAAGAAACCCAAAAAUACUUGAAAAUCGAAAUAGAGACUGGCAAAUACUGGGGCAUUUUUAAGCCUGCAGCAGCUUAUAUUACAAAUAUUCAAGCAAUAGAAGAGUCAUUAUACAGCCAUCUGCUUAUUGAAAUAUAUAGACAGUUAUAUAGGGUCCAAAGUUCUGAAUGAAGCUUGAUCUCUUAUAUCACGCUUGGCAUCCAAAAGAUAUUAGAAUUCCUUGAAAGCGCUGACUCCAAGCUUUCUCUUGAAGCUUCUACUGCCAUUGCUGAAAUUUUUUCAUCAAAAAUAUCCCCAAGCAUUUUCUCUAACAUUUUGCAAUUAUUUAUAAAAUCUGAAGGUGUUUCUUGGCAGUCAAUGAAUAUUAAGAUCCAUACUUUGGCUUAUUUUUGGUACUACAACCAAUUUUCUGUGCCAUACCCAGACUUUUCUUUGCUGUUUUUCGACCCAAGGCCUGAAACAAGGAAUACUAGCAAGUCGUGCUUGGCGCUAGUGCUAAAAGUGGUCCCAUCUGAACAAAAAAACGCAUUUUAUAAUAAAUGUCUUGAGAUUGGAAAAGAAAAAGAUAUCUCUAAUAAGAUUGCGUAUGCGUUUGGGCUAAGUUCGUUGAUUUUAAGCUUGGAAGAGUUUAUGGAGCCUUGGAAAGGAGAUGCAAUAAUCAAGUUGUGUAGGAUGAAAAGAGAAGGGACAGAAAUAUCAUCCUGUGUCAAUUCUACAAUGGCUGAUUUCUGGAAAGUUCACAAGCCGUUGUGGAAUACACAGCAUUUUAGGGAAAAGUUUACAGAUGAGGCAAUUGAUGUGGUGAGUGGGUUUAACAGUGAGCAUUCUUAUUUCGCUUAA